AUGAGACAAGCCAUCGCAUGGCUGUCGUUGCUCGCAGCCUUGAUCGGGCUCUCGACAGGUCUCGAGCACCUUUUCGGUGAAUAUAUCCAGAAUGGACUCCUCCUCGACCCAUCGUCACAUCACCAUCACGACCACAGCCAGUGCCGCAUAUCCCCUCCCCCGCAAACACCGAGACACAUCGAGCAGGACCGGAAACUCGCCGGACGGAUGAAGAAGACCAGGGACAUGAACGUCCACCACCCCCGGACCCGUCUCCUAGAUGCCCUCCACGGCUACGCACGUUACUACCAGCGUCAACGGGAGGAGCUGGAUCGUCUACAGAGUCUGUACAAGAAGGUGACUAGAUCACAACACAGAAUCCUCGAGAAACACGUCCGCUACUCGGACAAGUUCAUCACGACAGACUCCCUCCUCCGCCAGAACCAGGCCCUGUGCAGCUCCAUGGUCGACUCCGCCCUGUCCUUCUACGGCGUGUCCCGUCCCGAGCUGGAAGACCACAUCCGCCGCCGCGAAUCCGAGGGCAGGAAACCCGACCGCGUCGCCGUCUCCCAGACCCUCAAGCACAUCGUGAGAGACUGGACCGUCGACGGUGCGGCUUACGAGCGCGACGACUGCUUCGACUGCAUCGCGCGUACCCUCGACAAGCUCUUUCCCGAGAAUCCUGAUUCUAUCCGUGUCUUGCUUCCCGGUUCCGGUCUCGGUCGAUUAGGUCAUGAUAUUUCUCAAAAGGGCUUCCAGGUGACGCUAAACGAGUGGUCCAUGUUCAUGAACGUAGCAUACCGUUUCCUAGAGACGCACGCCUCCUCCCCUUCCGACAUAUCCAUCCACCCCUUCAUCGACAGCUGGUCCCACCACGCCUCCACAGCCGACAUGCAGCGCCCCGUCCGCUUCCCCGACGUCGCCCUCAACGCCUCAGGCGUCGUCCUGGUGGAGGGCGACUUCACCACCGUCCUCUCGGGUCCCGACGCCGCGGGCGCGUACGACGUGGUGGUGACCUACUUCUUCAUCGACACGGCCCGCAACCUGGCCUCGUACUUUGACACCAUUCGCCACCUGCUCCGCAAGGGCGGCCACUGGAUCAACCUCGGCCCUCUGCUCUACGGCACCGCCCCCUUCGUCCAGCUCUCCCUCGACGAGAUCGUCACCGUCGUCACCGAAGGCUACGGCUUCAGGCUCCUGGACCUGGCCGGGCCCGAGUGCGGGCUCGUCACCGUCCCCGGCGUGAACGUCAGGGGUAUGCAGGCUGCCUAUGGCUUUGACGACCGGGCCUUGACAAGGAAUGCCUACCAUGCGCAGUUUUGGGUGGCGCAGAAGACUUGA